AUGACUAAGCGGGGUUCUUCGCCCCUGCAAAACGAUGUCAUUGACGAACUCUCGAGAAUUGUUCCUGACACAGCACUAUGUUUGCCCGACCCUCUGCCUACUUGGCUUUAUAACACCGAUGAGCCCACAGAUGAUGCUUUGGACUCAAAAAAGCAGCGACGGAGGAGUAACAGACUACCAGCAGCUCCCACUUCCUUGCGGCGAGUAGCAGUCGAGGCACAAAGGUCGAAGGAUGGAUUCCUCUCUAAGGCGCUUCUCAAAGAGCAGGGUCUAUAUCGGACUAAGACAGUGACUGCUUACGCCGUGGCCGAACAAUUCAAUAUUCGCCAAGUCAGAGACAUCUUGCAAGAAAAAGGAUACGAACCAGAUCCUUUGGAGACGGGGCUCUUUCCACAAGUUGUUCACGUUCAGAUACCUAUUGACACUAUACGACGCAUUACAAAUCCUUCUAGUGUUGAUUUACCAUCCGACGAAGUGGGCGAUGUCUUUGUGUUUCCCUCCGGUACGGUCGUGGCGUGGUCGCUUCCCGAGGGAUUCACAUCUUUUUUGGCAACACGAACUCUCUUGCCCGCGGCAGAGGGCGCUCAUGUAGAUGAGUUGGAGACAGAGGAUCUUGAAUUCGUGGAGGACCCGAACCGUGAAAAUAGUGUGAUCAAGGGCGACACGAUCAUACUGGGAACGAACCCUGGUCACAGCGACGCAGAAGGACCACUCGUGGCGCAACAAUCUAUUGAUACAGUGCUGACCAAGGUUGCGUUUUCGUCUGGCCUCGCUCGGAGUACAAAGCUGGCUGUUCUUGAGAGUCUUCUGUCGAACUAUUUCGAGUCGACGCGACCAAUUCCGACUCUUCUAUCAAAAGGAUCUCGUCUUCCUUUUACACGAGACUUCAUCCUCCGCAAGACUGGACAACUAUUGAGUGUCCGCGCGCAGCUCAAUCUCUACUCGGAGCUCACCGACUCUCUACCAGACAUAUUUUGGGACAGUCGACACGAACUAGGAUUGGAGGGUUACUAUGAACAAGCUGGCCGAGCUUUAGAUGUUGGAAUUCGCAUCAAGCUUUUGAACGAGAAAAUGGACUAUGCGCAAGAAAUUGCCAGUGUCCUCCGAGAACGCCUAAGUGAGACACAUGGUCUUCGACUCGAAUGGAUCAUCAUUCUGCUCAUCGCUGUCGAGGUUGGAUUCGAAGUGCUGCGACUAUGGAAAGAGAGAAUGCAUGAACAAGAGGAGAAUAUGCGGAAGGAGACAAACCAAGCCGAAGCCGCGUGA